AUGAAGGAAGAAAAACAAGAAACUGGUACCAACGAGUUUGGCAUGGCCAAGGUCGAUUACGAGAUUGCUGCUGGUGACCUGGAUAAUCAAUCGCAGGAAUCAAGCGAUCUACAUGCUAUCGCGUCACCUGUCUCGGCCCACGCGGUUGGUGGUGAUUUGUUUCAAGAGGUUUUGCACAGUGACCUGCAAACAGACGAAAAAACGUACGCACCUAUCAGACGUAAGAUAGAUCGCUGGCUACUUCCCGUGUUGUGUGUAACAUACAUGCUUCAGUUUUUGGACAAGCUUUCACUUAACUACGCUAAUGCCUACUCAUUGUCAACAGACUUGAAGUUGGUUGGCAAUGAUUACGGUAACAUUGCAGCCAUUUUUAACGCAGGAUACCUAGUCGGCACUAUUCCGGGAAACUGGCUUAUUCAAAGAGUCCCAGUCGCCAAAUUCACAGGCUGUGCUUUGCUUAUUUGGGCAUGCCUACUAGUAGCGCACAUUGGAGCCAAGAGCUACGGGGGGAUGAUGGCUCUUAGGUUCAUCCUUGGGAUCAUGGAGGCUACCAUUUCUCCAUCGAAUAUGAUGAUGUGCUCGAUGUUUUACAAUAAACAAGAACAACCAUUCCGCAUGUGCACGUUUCUUUCAAUGAACGGUGUGGCUACUAUGGUAGGUGCAUUGCUUUCGUACGGUCUGGGUCAUGCUACAAGCUCGAGUCUAAAACCUUGGAAGUUGAUUUUCCUGGUCAUUGGGCUACUAAACUUUGCGUGGGGACUCUGUUUCCUAUAUUUCGCCCCCGAUUCUCCUGGAAAUGCAAGAUUCUUGACCCACGAUGAGAAGCUAAAAGUUAUCGAGAGAGUCUCCAAAAAUCAAAUGGGUAUCAAAGAUACCGAAUUCAAAUUCUCGCAAGCCAAAGAGGCGUUACUGGAUCUCAACGCCUGGAUUUUGGCGGUCUGUGGUCUUGCCUGUGGUGUGAUCAACGGAGGAACUUCUAACUUCAUUUCGUCUUUGAUCAAAGGUUUCGGCUUUUCUGGUUUGAACGCUACUCUUCUACAGCUACCCACAGGAGGUAUUGAAUUUGUUGUCGUAUUUUGCACAGGAAUGGCUGCCAUUCUAACGAAAAAAAACGUUCGUGUAAUUUUGUUGUUCUUGACUUGUAUUCCAACUUUGGCAGGCCUGAUUGGAAUUCAUGUCAUCCCGCUUACACAUAAAUGGGCGCUAGUUGGUUGCUGUUGGUUACUAUACAUUAUUGGUGGCCCGGUUAUUAUGUGUUGGAUUUUAAUCAACGUUACAAUUGCAGGCUCUUCUAAAGCGUCCACGGUCAAGAUGAUGUGGUUUCUUUUGUAUACAGCGGGCAACAUCGUGGGAUCCAAGAUAUUCUAUACUAGGGAGGCACCAAAGUACAUUUCGGGUAUGAAGGGAUUAAUCGCAUCUUAUGGGGGAAUGAUGUUUUUGGCUAUUGUUUAUUACUUCUUGAUGAUGUAUCGUAACAAAUCAAGAGACAAGAAGUACGGGGAAGUUACUCCAGAAGAUGAGAAGAAGGGUAUUAUCAACGGUUUCAGAGAUAUGACUGACUUUGAGAACAAGUACUUCAGAUAUUCAUACUAG